AUGUACCAGGACGUGGAGAAACGUGACCCGCACUUGAAUGACUGCGAAUCGAGUUGCCAACCGCGAAAUUCCCGCUCGGGAAGCGGUGGUUGUUCUCGUCAACUUCUCGAAGCGGUCGACAUGGUUUCUUUCGUCACGUGUUUCGUGUGGAUUCUUACAUUGACAUCGGUCGCGGGCAAACCCGUGGAGUACCAGUCGGCUUCGCUGCAGGCCAUGCCGCCCGGGAUUUUCCUGAUUCCGAUCUUCGAAAAGCCAUCGCAAGAUCCCGGAACGGUUUUCAAUUUGAGUAAUUUGAGUCCUCGGAUCGACUCUUCACCGGCACAAGUCUUCGUCGGCGAUGCGAGGAUCAAAACGGGAAAUGAACGGAUCAUCCGCUCCGGUGACGUCGGCUAUCGAUGUGUCGACUUAGGUGAUCGUGCUUUUCUCGUCCAAGGCUUCGACGCCGCU